AUGAGUGAAUCUAUGGCUCUGCAUAUGCUGGCGACAGUGGGCGUAACUCAUCAAGCUGAAUUGCAGCACAGAGCAGGGGGGAACAUUCUAAUGGAAGCUAUGAAGGAGAAGCUGGUGACUAUCUGGUUGCGCAAACGGACGUCCAUCCCCAAAGUUUUGAACUUGUUAAAGAUAUCCGACAUCCCGAGCCCUGGCCAGAAAGAGGUAGAGAUGGACACUUUUCGAAAAUACGUAUCAGCAGUUAACAUGGAGUUUAACACCAGCGUGGACGCGGACGAGUAUUUGCACAAGAGGUUCAAGUCUGCACAAGCACAUCAAGAACGAUGUCCAAAGCGCCAAAGGAUCGACGGACCUUCCAUUUGGCGAUAG